CUCGUCAGCUGGAGAUGGCGGGAAAUGUUUUCGCGGGAAAGUUGGUGAAGCGAGCACUUUAAUCCGUCAUGUGGUCCUUGGGCCCUUGUUAAGAUUGCAAGCAUACAAACUCUUACUGCUAGAGGAGUGUGUAGCCUUCAGGGAUUUGCCAAAUUUCUUGCAUAGCUGUGCGCUACAAUCCCCUCGAAAUGUCGGUCAGAUAGAAUGGGCGGUGAAGUCGCUCGUAACUUCUCUUCGUGUGCUUUAGGUUAGGCGGGCUUGUAGGGUAACCUUUUCAGAACACUACUUCUUGACUCCACGAUGGAUUUGCUUUUCAGUCAGUCUGAACAGGCCUCCGAUCAGUCUCUGUUCUCGCAGAAAACGGACACGAUCUCAGAAGCGUACUCGACAAGCUCGCCAGCGGAUACACCAUCCAUCGGAGAGACCACGCAGAAACUCGUACACACCAGUCAAGCUUCGCAGCGCCUGAUCGACGAAACUACAGACGAACGCCUCCAGGUAAUCCCUGAAACGGAAGAGUCGUCUCCUCAAGAAGGCGGAUUAACGGAACCAUGCGUCCCCGAAAGCCCACAAUCUAAACUCCCGGACAGCGCUGCAUCCGAUGUUCAAAGAGACUUCGCUAUCGGCAGUGAGCGGGAGGGCGACAAAUCUACCGUCGAGAACAUCGCAAGAGAGGACACAGAGUGUCACGAAGUAAACGAUGAUAAUUCGGAUAUAAACGCUGAAGACUCUGAUAUUUAUUCCAAACGACGAAACAGUAAUACCUUGAUUGACGACGACGCAUCUAACCACAGCGUCGAAUUGCCUGGCAGCGCGCUAGGUGAGAGCACGCAUCAAAGGAGGAGGGUUCGAUUGCUGGACGAUUCGGACGACGAAGAUUCGCUGAGUGACUCGAAACUUCCCGAGUCGAUCAAGUCUCGUACCGACGUCCAACAAGAAGGAGACGGUGCCUUCCCUGACGCGUCGAAUCUAAACGAGGACAGUCUCGAAGUGCCACCGAGUGCGCCGGAGGAUGACACCGCUAAAAAACCUAGAAGGAUACGAGUACUAGACGACUCGGACGACGAAGACGACUCUACGAGCGAGCCCAAACCCCAGGGUGUCGAACCCGCGUCCAAUUCGGACGCUGUGCGCGGUGACGAAAGUGAAGCAGAGGCGGGACAGUCCCUCUUAGAAGCGUGCCGCCGGAUCUGUGACAGCUCAGACGACGAAGCAGUGGAUGAUGUCAGUAGGGACUCGAUUGGUGACGAUGAAAACACUAGCGGUCCUUGUGAACCCGAAAGGGACGGCGAGGCCACAGAAGACGUCCAAAAGAAAGAGAGAGGAGGUCGCAAGUCGGCCAAGAAAGCGAUGGAGGAACUCAAGCAAAUCUACAGCACGAGUCAAAGAAUGGCACGUGAAAGGCAAAUGUCACUGCCUUACCAUGAGCCAGAGAGGCUGAGCUUGAAGGAUUUUCUUCAGCAAAGACGGAGUGCUGGAUCGCAGUCUAGCUCAACCUGCAAGAAGGAAGAAGAAACUACUGCUACACCGAUUCCAAGUUCAGGCAGCAGCAAGGACCCGCUGCUUGACGACUUGCCGGCAGUCCUCGAUACACCCAACAGUGCAGAUGAUGAGAAAUGUUCCGGGGAACCCGUGAUGACAGAGACGACGCCUGCUGAGACACCGCCUGCUGAAAAACAGCCUGUCGAGAGCAGCUCACUGUCAAGUGGCAGUGAGAGAGUACAGUUGCUACAUUUGUCGGCCAGACGACGACGGAACUUGGAAGCCAUCGCUGCCGGCGUAGUGCCCCGUCUGAGCCAGGAACCUGUGAUUCUCCUGGCAGACGACAGCAAUGACCAUCCGAAGGGCGUUGAUCAUUUGCUGGAACGGCUGGUGAAACAUGCCAAGGUGGAUGACGCUAAGAAAAAGAAAGAGUCUAUCAAAGCAACUGCCAUCGUGGUACCUGGAAUUAUAGAGGAGUGCCCAAUUUCACAGAAAGGUGUAAGCCAACUCUCUGUCCUGAAGGAGAGGCUCUUGACCAAAGUUCGAGAGCAGCGCAACCGUUCUCGGGAGCAACGCUACCUACAGCAAUGUCUCAACAACGAAGAACUUCUGCCCGACGCAAUUCAGCCAGAUGACGCACCGAAGUCUCCACUGGCACUCGCUGAUGAAUUUGAAGAAGAGAAUGACUUCUCUGAUAACGACACGUCAUCUGGUGGGGAAGAAGAGAAAGAAGAAGAUGGGAACAACUCGGACGAUGACGACGUGGUUCUCAAGCACAAAAAGCGGGCAAAGAGAAUAAACCCACUCUCCGACGAUGAAGAUCCAGAAGAUGCCGAAGAGACUAAAAAGACUUUAGUGGGAAUCGUUGAAGAUGAAGACGAGGACUCCAUCGGAGAGCUCCAUUUGGAGAUGCCUGCCUUUCUCGACACCGAGGAUAACCUCGACCAGCCGGAAAUGGGUGAUGAGACUGGUGCUGAAAGCUUCUUGGAUUCCUCGCAAGUUGCAAACAGUCAGAGCAAUGCACGAACACCGCUGAUUCAGAAAAGCAGGGCAGUACGCGGUUUUCAGUGUGACGAAGCGGAGCUGUUCAGCCCCCUCACGGGGCUUCCUAGGACACAGUCAAAAAUGAAUACUCCGCAGCAGGGAAGUGCUUCGGCAUCAAGCAGCUUUCAAGAGAGUCCCAUGGGCUCAAGUAUUUCACGACCACUGUCCCUGGCCUUUUCUCCCUUGGCUGGAACUGCUGGGGCUUUGACAGCUUGCAGGUCUCUACGAAGGCAGUUUUCAGAGGACUGUGCCAAACCCUGGGAAGGUGGGACGCCUGCCCCGGUUAAUCCGUCACAAGACAUGGAUGAGCUGGUUGGAUUGUGUUCUGGAAGCUUUGGAGCCCGUGCUCAAGCUGAUAAGGUUGAAGAAAAGGAAGAGGACGAUGAAGAUAUGCCUGUAGCCACCCUCGAUGAACCAGAUGAGGACGUAAACGAAAGUGAUGAUGAACCAGAUGACGAUGUUGUUAACGACAGUGCCGGCGAACCAGAUGAGGACGACGUUGAAAAUGACAGUGAGGUUGAAAGCACUCCUGCUGCAAAAGAAGAGGCACCUGCGCUCAAACUGCAGGACUUUUUUGAGGACGAGGCUGAGCUUUCCGGAAGUGACGUCGGAAGCGACGGCGAGGACGAGGACGAUGAAGAGGGCGUGCUGGCCGACCUCAUAGCCGCCGAGAACGGGAAAGAGGAUGACGACAAGAUCCGGGAAGAGAUCGGCCGCUUCCACUUCAAGCAGCUCCUCGACGAAGACAAGCGCGAGUUGAAGAUCUACCAGGAGCUGCUCUUGGAAGACGGUGACCUCCACUCCGAUGGUGCGGGGCGUCAGCGACAGUUCCGUUGGCGAAACUCAGGCACUGAUGAUCUGGACCAGCAGCCUGGCUCCGAAGGUGAAGAGGAGGCUCAGAACGAGACCGAGCAAGAGGCAGACACGACGUGGCGCCUGCAGCGCUUGGAGCGAAGGCGCUGGCUUCAAGAACAGGAGUCGUCGCAGAAUCCAGAGACUCAUGACAGUGCAUCUUUCUCCGAGCAGGAAUCAUUGCUAAAAGCCCCCGCAGUGAUAGCAAGGCAGGACUCGUUCAGCAAUAAACCAGCAGCCAAGAAAAGGGCAAUGUGUGGCUCCUUCCUGAAGCUUGAUUCAGGAGUUCUCGGUCGCAUCGCCGAGCGCAUCAAGGUCGCUCCUCCGACCGAGGUCGAAGGUUCGGUGACCACAAAAAAUUUCGUCUUCAGAGCUGCCGAAGAGAAACCUCAGAAAAAGAGGCCAUCUGUUAGCCAGCCCAGCAAGGAAUCGAAGAAACCAAAGCUAGUGGAGCUGUCUGAGAAGAAAGAGUUGAAGAUCAGCGUCUUCAACUUCAUGUAGAAAUUUAAGCGCGUCAUAUCAAGCGAGGCUUUUGUAUAUUGUGACUUAUGUUAAAUAAACAUAUUUAUUUUA